AUGAGAAUCAAGGGCGGAACCGGGGGUUGGACCCUUGUAGGCGGGAGCCACCAUAAGCCAAAGAUUAAAAUGAUUACGCACUUGGAAUGUCCUCUAGUUUUUGGGAGGCAACCAAACUUGAUUGAAAAUAACCAGAAAUUUGCAAGUCAAGGGUAG